AUGCGGCUCUACCUGAUCCGUCACGGCGAGACCGUGGACAAUGUUGCUCAGCUCUACUCGGGCUCGCGCGACUGCGUCCUGUCCUCGCACGGCGUGUCCCAAUGCCGGCGCCUCGCCUCGUACCUCGCCGAGCGCUUGCCAGCCAGCGGAAUCCACAUCUUCUCGUCCGACCUACAGCGCGCUGCCAAGACGGCCCAGUCCAUCUGCGACGCGAGGGGGAAGGACGAGGUGGUUUUGCAGCUGCCUGAGCUCCGCGAGCAGCACUUUGGCAGUGGCGAGGGCACGAAGUACACCCUUGCUCAGCCCUUGGAGGGUGUCGAGACGCAAGAGGAUAUGCGGACUAGGGUGGACAGGUUCCUCAAGGAUCAAUUGCUCCCACUUUUGACUCCCCAGAACGAUAUCCCCGUUGUCAUUGUCGCUCACGGCAUCCUUCUUAGUGUCCUGUUCCGUCGUCUAGGCGAGCACCUCCCCCGUGGUGCCGUCGCCGUGACCAAAGAGGCCGAAGGCGGCCACCCACCCUUCGCAUACAUCAACGACGUACCCGCGCUCGUUGUAUGGAGCAACACUGGCUACAUUGAAGCUGAGGUGACCCCUACUGCUGCGGCAGACUGGUCGUCGGUGAAGCUUCAAAUCGAGCGUAUCAACUCGGUUGAUCACCUUACAGGUCUGCACAAGACCCGCGGCGGCAUUGGCAGCGCUGCCUUCGACGAGAAGCAGAAAACGAUGGACUCGUUUCUCGCUCCCAAGAAGACAGACGUUUCCGAUGCCCCGCAAUAG